UACAAUAUUGGGUGUUAACUAUGCGGUGCCGGUAGAUAACGCUCAAAUUCUUUGUAGGAAUGUAGACUGCUCUCUGUUGAUCACUUCUCUUAUUUUAUCGUUUGAUCGCUCUUCUACUUUUUUCUUUAAACGAUUUUAUUUGCCCUAGUAGUAAUGGGAAAACAGAACAGCAAACUUAAACCGGAGGGAAUGUCCGAUCUCCGUGAAAUGACCAGGUUCUCAACAAAGGAAUUGAAGUUAUGGUACAGGGGCUUCCUGCACGACUGUCCCAGUGGAACGCUAGAUAUAGAAGAGUUCAAGAAGAUCUACGGCACGUUCUUCCCUUGCGGAGACGCCGCGCUGUUUGCUGAGCACGUGUUCAGAACAUUUGAUGCUAACGGGGAUGGGUUUAUAGAUUUCAGGGAGUUUAUAAUUGCUUUGUCUGUCACCUCACGAGGGACACUCGAUGAGAAGCUGAAGUGGGCGUUCAGUAUGUAUGAUUUGGAUGGAAACGGAGACAUCUCCAAGGAUGAGAUGCUGGAGAUAGUGAUGGCUAUCUAUAAAAUGGUAAACAACACGGACAUGCCAGAGGACGAGAAUACGCCGGAGAAACGGGUUGACAAGAUCUACAGAGAGAUGGACAAGGACUCGGACGGUAGACUGUCGAUGGAAGAGUUUAUUGAGGGGACGAAGAAGGAUAUAAGUAUCGUGAAGCUGCUACAAUGUGAUGUUACUGGAGUGUAGAGUCGUUCUGUUAGAGAGUUAGAGUAUAAUCUCUAGGAAUGUAGAGAGAUGUUGCAGAUAGUUAAGGCUAUCUAUAAAAUCUAGAUGGAUAUGCCACAAAAAUUGACCCUGGAACAGGGUAGACAAUUGGGCGACGCGGACGGGCGACUUUUAUUUGAAGAUCUUUAUUG